UGAACUUCGAAAGUAAUUUUAGUGUUUCUGUGUCAACUCUUUUAUCGUUUAGUACUAGCUGUACUACGUCCUCAAAGGUCGUUUUGAACCACAGAUAAAUCCGGUGACCUUUUCAAAAUUGUGAUGCAUGCGAUUAGAAUUUGCCGAAGUAUGCUAAAGCGGUUAGACACCCGUCAUUGGCGUAUGGUUCUUAUCGUUCUAACACUCUUUGUCAUCCUGUUUUUCUAUACCAAUGUUCUUCCGUCAACUGAAACUCUGGUUUCGAAAAACAUGAUUGCCGAGGACGUUUCGUCCUACACUACAUUGCCACAAAGAAGGAGUUUGCUUAUUGUCGGCAAAGGGCGUUCGGGGACAAGUUUUGUGUGGAAGAUGUUGGCGAUUGGAGAACGGGUGAGUAAAAAUAAUGUCUAAUGAGCACCCAAAAGGUUUUGCAAAUUGUAUCUUAGUCUAACAUAACAGUGCAGAGACCAACUUGAAAGAUGAUAGUUAUAAAAAGAAGCUCAGAAUGGUUAUGUGAAAAAACAAUAUAUAUAUAUAUAUAUAUAUAUAUAAUUUAAAAAAAAGAAUGGUUACUUGUCACCAAACGUGAUUCUUGAAUUCCCCGCACCCAUAAAACUGACAACCAGAAAUGCGGUGCGGGAUAAGCAGACAAUUCUUAGCCCAUUUAUUGAACUAACCAACUAAUCACAAAACAAAAACAACUGGUUACGCUGUUUAGACACCAAAAAAUCAAACAAACUGUACACAUUUGAUCCGGCCAAAGUCAAUGAAUAAACAAAACCACUAAUAAUAACUGUCAAUCAUCUGGAAAACACAACUAAAAUCGUUACGAGGAAAUGGAUUACAGGAUUUCAAUCACUAUAUAAAAAAGAACAAAAUUUAACUGUCCGCUUGUAAAAAUCCACAAUGAAACUUGUUUACUGUUCAGCGAAUAUAUACUUGCUACUUUACAUAUCACACUUAAUUUCUUCUCAUAAUCUCAUGCCGGCACUUAAAACACACUGCCGACAAAUGCACCUGUCCUUGGGAAUUCAAGCCAGGCAAAGAAAAAUGAACAAACCAUUUCAGAAAACCAUGGCUGUACGACUGAGAUUGUGUGAUAUCUGUUUUUAAGCAGAGAAAGUAGGAAAAAAUAAAUUCCAAUUAAACUUUUUAGGCUUUGCUCCAACUAAUUUCCGCACAUUUAGCACAUGUAUGAUUUUAUUUUUGGUUGCUAAAAUUCCUCCCAACCGUCUACCGACCCCUCUUGUUAUACUAUGAAUGUUUUUUAACGUGUAGGCCCCGUUUUACGUAGUGCAAAGCAAGACAAGCACUUACAAGAACCAAAAUCAGAGGAGAAACUUUCACAUCGCGGUACUAACAAAGAAAGUAUCCACUCCAAUUUCAGAGGGAGUCAGUGUACGGAAUCUUUGUGCGCACUUAUUUACUAAACUCCUUCAACUCUUUUACAAAAGAACGUGCUAAAAUUUUCACAAAAUGCGUGAAAUUAAAAAUGCCAGAUUUAGUUCAUUUUUUAGUAAAUAGAAAAUAUUACAUGGCCGCACGGGGAUACGAAUUUUAUCUUCGAGUGCUGAAAGUAUCUCUCACGGGUGAGCGAAACGAACGAGUGAGAUAUCCUUUCAGCACGAGACGAUAAAAUUCGUAUCCCGAAUCGGCCAUGUAAUGUUCUGUUUAUAGAUACCGGUGAAAUUCCUAAAUAAAACCCAACUAUUUUUUAAUUUAUUUUCGAAACAGCAAAAUAGCGCAAUUAAAGUGGUCACCUAUCGCAAAAUGUCUGUCAGAAAAAACCAAAAGUCAAAACUCUAAUGAAGAAGAGAAAAAUUCCAUGGCGACACCAAUAUCCUUACACGUGAAAGGCAAAAAUAGUAUCUUCACUGCGCGCGAUGAAGAUAUGAUUUUUUCUUAAGAGGAAAAAUCCUAGUAUUUUAUCAGUAUCUAUAUAAUAAUUUCAUUUUUUUAGCUUCAUCAGGUAAUGAUAAGCCUAUGCUAAAGAGGCAAAAGUUGUAAACAAGGAUUGGCCUAUAGCGUGAAGACUUUUUUCUUUAACUCAACAGCACUUUUAAAAAAGUGCUUAUGAGUUGUGCGUGUUUCUACUGUAUGGCCGAAAAGUGGGGGUGGGGGCUGGGAGACGAGGGGGGAGGGAGAGGGAUGAUUUCCGUAUGCCUGGUCUGUGACGGGGACAUUAGUCUGAAAAUUAGAAUUAAACCACCGAAGAAUUAUUUAAGCGUGGAAUUAAACAAACAAUCACAUAAGAGCUACAGUGGUUUUUAUUGUACCAAAAAGAUGUUGACAUUGAAUGCAAUCUCCAAUUCGGGCGCAACUUGAGAAACGAGGAAAAACCUGGACCGAGUUUACUUUCGCAAGGACGGUUACCAGGGACAGGGAAAAAAUUUGGCCAAUAGCUGACCAGCGCGUACACAGUGACGAUCCCAGAGGCAAUUGCGGGACGCAUUUUGGCUCAGGUUCCCAGUUUCCUUCUCGUCGCUAAAGCUACAAGCAAACGGACGCAACAACUCCCAACAAUGUUGGGAUUAAUUUAGGUUCUUCGGAAACUCCCACCUACCCCUCCCCUAUCAUUUUGCCCUUAGUGAGAAGUAAGUGUUAAUGUUGACUUAGGGGAGGGGUAGGUGGGCAGUUUCUCCAGAAACCUAAAUUGAUCCCAAUGUUGGCACCUGCAGUGAAUCGUGGGAAGGAUACAACCCAAAAGACUUUGCACACUCCAAGCCAAAGACUGGAGACCAUGUCACGUGAUGCGCGUGCGUGGCCUCAAGAAUGUUGGAAGAGCUGUGCAAACGGAUCCUUCGACGAUCACGGAAAAAGAGAAUUGUUGGGAGCCGUUGGUUUAAAAGUUUGACCGGUUUCAAACUUUGUGCAACAACACUCAACAACAUGCAACAGGAUGUGCAAACGGACGCUACAUGUAUCAUUCAACAAUGUCGGGAGUUGUUGGCCAACAAUGUUGCGUCCUUUUGUACGGCGCUAAAAGUGAUGAAUGUGGUGAAAUGAAAAUUGACUCAUGUACAAAGUGGCGAGUUUUGGUUAAUACAACGAAGGUUUUCUUUUUCGUUUUCUACAGGUUUUCGAGGUUUUUGAGCCUUUGCGAUUUCACAAUCUUUCGGACGCCCAAAAAAUGGAGGUUUUACAAGCAUUUCUUACCUUGAAGUUUACACCAAGCGCCUUAUGGGAAAAGGAUUAUUAUCCUCCAUUUUGGCAUUUGGAAGAGACAAGCUAUCAUAUCGAACGCCUUAAAAACAAGGCGUGUAUCAUAUUCAAGACAAAACCAACAAGGUGCUUUCCAGCAGAUGCUUUGGCUGAAUAUUUUAUCAAAAAGAGCAAACAGAAGUAUAACUGCACAGUCGUUAAAGCACUUUCUGAAAGAUUACCAGAUGGCAGAUUGUUGAGUCUUCUCCCACUGAUCUCCGACCUGGCAUUGGUUGCUGAUAUUCGGAUAUUGCAUGUUGUUCGCGACCCAAGAGCGAGUUUAAAUUCCAGAAUUAAACUGAGGUGGUUUCCCGAGUUCAAUGAUCCAAACUUUGAGGAAAAUGUUCGAAAUUUUUGUAAACCCAUCACUGACAACAUCAAGUUUGGCAAAACACUGGUUGAGGUUCUUAAACACAGAUACAAACUUAUUUUGUAUCGAGACAUCGCAGCUCGACCGCUUGACACAGCAAGAGAAAUCUUCAAGUUCGCCGGUUUGAAUCUUUCUCAGAACACUUUAGAGUGGAUUAAAAACAUGACAAAUCCUGGCAAAACGGAUACAAAGAAGUUUAAGAGUCGGCCAUAUUCCCUUAUAAGAGAUGCUGAAGCGAAUAUCGAAAAAUGGCGCAGCGAAUCUCCUCCUGAAAGGACAUUAAUUAUAGAAAAAAACUGCCAACCUUUGCUUAAACUGUUAGACAAGAUAAGC